AUGUUCUCGAUACGAUUGAACUAUGGUGGAGUUUUUACGAAGUUUCCAGACCGCAAAUACAUAAAGGGGAAGAUGAAAUAUAUUGAUGGCAUUGAUAGUGACUGGUUCUCGAUGCAUGAUAUGGACGAGAUAAUGGAAUUGCUUGAUUGUGUGGAACCAGGUAAAAGUAUUUAUUAUCAUUUCAAACGACCAACCUGGGAUUUAGAUUUUGGGUUGUAUGCUUUGGGUUGUGACGAAGAUAUAAACCACUUUAGGUCAUACGUGUAUGAACACAAGGUGAUAGAAGUGUAUACAGAGUUUUGGGAAACCAAGCUGCAUACGUAUCAAAUGUCCCCAAACCCUGCAAAGAUAAAGAUACACGAAAUUCCUGAGUCCCUUUGUCGUAAAAGCUUGUUAUUGACAUGGUCAAAUUCAGGGGAUUGUCCUAGUGAAGAAGCCCCUGUUUUUGAGAAUGUAGAAACUAUGGACGAACCCCCUAGUACAUUACUUGAAACAACCUUGGAACAACCCCUUGUUACAUUGAGUGAAACAGUUGAGUCAACCCCUGCCUAUAUACCAAGAAUUGAAAGCCCUUUGACUGAACCAAUGAUAGGAAGCACAUGUCCUAAUGUUGAUGGUUGGGAUGAUACAUUUGAAUGGUGUGAACCUUUUGGUGGGACUCCUAUGGAACAAGAUGAACCAAAUAGUGAAAAAGCAGGUGAAGACAGUCAAGCUAGUAAAGACAGUCAUGAUAGUGAUGACACUGAAGAUAGUGAAUACAGUCAAGAUAGUGAUUACAUAGUUGAUGAAGAUAAUUUGUUAGAUGAUCCAGAGGUUGAUAUGAAGAACUUUCACCUCAACAUUGACAAAGAGGUGGAGUGGGUUGGAAGUUUUCCUGAUGAUCGAGAUGAAGCAGUAGAAGGUGAUGAAGAAUUAGAGGUUAUAAACACUGAAGAAUUUGUAUCUGCAUCUUCAUCAGAUGAGGGUGAAGCUAGUAAAAAAAGGAAGAAGAUAAGAGAUUUACGAAGAGCACAUAAGAAUGAAGCAGCUGCUGUCAAAGAUCCAUUUUACAUCCACCAGACUUUUAGCACAGCCAAGGAAGUUAAACAACAAAUUUAUCUUCAUUCCAUACAGAAAACAGGUGGGACCAGCAAAAGUAAUGACAAAGUGGGACCAAGUCAAAAGAAAAAGAAAGUGAAAGAUGGUUCUAUUCAUAAAUGCCCAUGGGUCCUACUAGUGAGUAAGUGGAAAAAAGACAUUAACUGGACUGUUAAGACCUAUGAAAAGCAACAUACGUGCCUUCAAACAAGGAAAAUUAGGGCAUGUAACUACAAGUUUCUCUCUGAACAGAUUGUUGACACAGUGGAGGCAAACCCAGAAAUACCACUUAGAGCAUUACGUGAGAUGCUUGAGAAGAAAUACCAACUUGGAUUGUCAGACAUGAAAGUUCAUAGGGCGAAAACGAAAGCCCUGGAAUCAAUUAGGGGAGAUUUUGCUGCUCAGUACUCAUGUCUAAGAGACUACUUACAGGAGGUGCAGAGUAGAAAUCCAAACACCACAGUCAAACUUCAAGUGCAAAGUGAACCAUGUUAUGCAUCUGAGACCAGGGUAUUUGAACGAGUAUACAUUUGUCUUGGUCCACUGAAAAGUGGAUUUGCAGCAGGGAAAAGAGAUUUACUAGGGCUUGAUGGUGCAUUCAUGAAGGGUCCAUACCAUGGUAUGAUCCUGACAGCAGUGGGUUUAGAUGGGAACAAUUGCACAUACCCUUUGGCAUAUGCAGUUGUUGAAGCAGAGAACUUUAAUUCAUGGACCUGGUUUUUAACUAACUUAGGAGAUGAUCUUGGGGUUAUUGCUGCACUUGAGAAACUUUUCCCAACAGCAGAGCAUAGAUAUUGCCUAAGGCAUCUUCAUGAGAACAUGAAACGUAAAUGGAGGGGCAAGGAAUUCAAGGAUUGUCUUUGGAAAUGUGCAACAUGUACCACCAUACCACAAUUCAACAGUGCCAUGGAAGAACUAAAGAAACUUAACAGUGAAGCAUAUGACUGGCUUAAUUCUAUUCCACCUAAGCACUGGUCCAGAUCCCACUUCUCAGGGAGGGCACAUUGUGAUGCUUUGUUGAAUAAUAUGUGUGAGAGUUUGAAUAGCAAGAUAGUGAAGGGUCGUGAUAAGCCAAUUAUCAGUUGCUUGGAGUUUAUUAGGGAGUAUAUCAUGAGGAAAAUUGUCAUGGUUCAAAAAGAAAUUGAUAAAGCUAAUGGCCCAUUAACUCCUACAGCCACUAAGACCCUUGAAAAAAUUAAAGAAAGGGCAGUACAGUGUAGGGCAGUGUUCUGUGGCAAUGGGAAGUACCAGGUUACAAGUGAAGGUACUAAUCAGUAUGUGGUUAAUAUGGACCAACAAACUUGUUCAUGUAAUAGGUGGGAACUGACAGGCAUACCCUGCAAACAUAGUAUAGCAGCUAUAUGGGAUAUGAGGCUCAACAAUGAAAAUGUUGGAAUACCUGAGACAUGGGUACACCCAACUUAUUGGCUCAAGACUUGGAAAGAAAUGUAUGUCUUCAAAGUUGAACCUAUUAAUGGGAGGUUAUUGUGGGAAAAAAGCACAUGUCCUACCAAGUUGAUACCACCAAAGUAUCGUGUCCCUAUUGGCAGACCAAAAAAAAAGAGAAGAAGAUCUGCAACAGAAGAUGAUGGAGUGUCCACAAAAUGGAAAUCUGUAACAUGCACAAAAUGUGGAAAUGUGGGCCAUAAUGGAAGGACCUGCAAGGGACAAUCACAGACUGGGAAUGGAACAGGAGAAGGUGCAGCAGGAAUACAACAGGAGAAGGUGCAGCAGGUAGCAGUGGUGGUGUACAAAAUGGAGUUGGGAACAAAGGAAAAAGCCCCAUGCUUUGAGAAUUUGUAGUUUGGUAUCAUGAUUACUUUGUUGUUAUGUUUUGUAUUUUGAUACUUUGUUGCUGUCUAGGAUAACUAUUUGUAUGCCA